UAUAUUGAGGAACAUAUCUAGAAAUAUUAGGAAUCACGUGAUAUUUCUUAAAAACACUGAGUUUUUAACCGUGUUUAAUUUAUGCGUAUAUUGAGGUAUUUAUAGGGAAGUUCUCAGUAUCUUUGACUUCCACACUCCAGUGUGAUAGAUGGCGGUAAAAGCACCUUAACUUGGUUUGCCAAACUCCAAAAGCAGAAGAAGACGAAGGAGACGUCAGACAGACUUCCGCUCUACGCAGUCAGAUCAGGGGCGUCAACAUGGCAGCCAUGGAUGUCAUUGUGGAGAAGCUGGUGACAGUAUGGAGGAGACCUGCGGUCAGACGGAUCUUUCCAUUGUUGUUUUUACUCAUUUCUUCUGUGGGAUCCAUUCUCAAAGAGCUGGAGUUGGUCCCGCCGUCCUAUUUCAGCAGCAGCAAGAACUUCUUCAACCUGUAUUUUGUGAAAGUAUCCUGGGGAUGGACGCUGCUGCUGCUCACACCUUUCCUCCUCAUCUCCAGCUCCGUACACAGGGGUGCCUCCUUACUUGGGCAGCGCUUGUUGUCCUUGGUAGUGGCAACAGCGGUCUGGUACAUCUGCACGGAGACCUUCCUCUACAUUGAGGAUGCAACAGGCGCCUGCUUUCAAAGCAAAACGUCUCUCCUUGCAACCAACGAGUUCGCUUCCAAAGCCACCUGCAGACGGGCUGGCUUCAACUGGCGGGGGCAAGACAUUUCGGGACACUCGUUCAUCCUGACCUACUCCUCACUCCUCAUCAUGGAGGAGACGUCCCCAAUGGCCAUCCUGAGGACAGCCAGUCUGCCUGCGCUGGCCAGGACGGUCCUCAACCUGCUGUAUGUGGCCUUGAAUCUGCUUGUGAUGACGUGGGUGUGGAUGUUUGUCUGCACCUCGGUUUACUUUCACCAGCCUAUAGAUAAGUUGCUGGGGACCAUAUGUGGCCUGUUGGGGUGGUAUCUGACAUAUAGGUACUGGUACCUGAAGCCUUUCUCACCAGGACUUCCCCUGCAGCGCCAACUAAAAGAACAGAAACAGCAUGCCUAAGCCACCCUUCCCUCUAUAGAUGGUUGCUGUUUUUACAGCCUCAUGGAGACAGCACUCUGUAGAUCACGUUAACUUAUCUGGGUCCAAGUUGGACGUUAAACUUGAAAAUAUUUUAAGUUAUUCUAUCUUGACAGGAAGGUUGCUUUGUCUGAGACUAUGGGGUUUUACAGCUGCUAAUGCUAAAAUGACUUUUACUAAUAACAAGACUGGUCUGCGGUCCAGAGGGGUGUACUUUUAACAGAUGAACGGAGUAGAGAGUUCUAGGGUUAGUAUAAGAUUCCCACAGUAUGAUAACCCUGAUCAUACCUUGACCAUAAUACAGUUUCACUGUAUCAAAGUAUUGACAAAUAUUUAGAAAAAAAUAUAAAAACAAAUAACUUUGUCUUUCUUGUAAUAAAGGGGACAAGUGUGGAAGUGACUAUAAUGAUCAGAAACAGGUGGAGGAGGGAGAGUACAGCACUGCUUCUCUGUAGAUAAUCGGAGAAAAACUCUAGUUAGUCCAGAACAUUCUCUGACAGCUUCUUAAAAAGACUUUAAACAACAGGAACAGUAUGGCGACCUCGGUCUGCGUUGAUACCAGUAGGCCAACCAGUGACUUCUACUGCGUUUAGUCAAGCCUGAAGAGAGUUUUCUCUUAAACUGGCUUGUUUACACAACUUCCUCACAAGAAAAUACAGUUUGGACCAUCCAGUUAAAUACUUUUCUAAAAUGAAAAAGUAAGUUUUUCAUUUUCUGACCAGAUUUGUCACCCCAGAUUAGCCUUCAAAUGUUGGAUUUAGUAUAUUGACUGAUGGCUCGUGUCACGGCCAGAUCAGGAACCCUGAUGGAUGCUGGUCAUUUUGUACCGGACUUUUUCAGGUAUGGGAUGGAGCUUCAGGAUGUUUCGUUAUAGCCAUGCCAGCAGAGUGUUUAGUACCAUCUUUGACAAUCAGUGAUUUCAAGUAUGUUUUUACAUGUUAAAGUAGAAACACCAAUUUUAAAACAGUAUUUGCUUUAUAUUCUGCUCUUAGUUUACUGUAAGCUAAUGUAAGCCACUGAAUAAUAUUAGAGAAAAAUGUGUGAAGUGUCAAAAAUACAAUAAGAAUAUUUGAGGAGGCUGCUUAUUGGCUAAAGAGGCUAAAAAAUGACCCUUAUGACACACAGAAAGCUUAACUCAAUUUGUAGUAGUGUUUUCACACUACUGUUUGUCUGCAUUACAAUGCUUCACUCAUCAGGGACUAAUUGCAGUUUAUUAUAUGAUGUGAACAGUUGAGAUGGUUUACAGCUCCAGAUGUACAUCCCUGAUUCUGCAAAUGUUUAUUAGCAAUGUUCAAAGCUACCUUUAUAAAGGGACAUUAUUCCUCUGUGGUUCCUUAUUCCAUCACAUGCUUAGGAUUUAAAUUAGCUGCUUGUUAGAAGUUAAAAGAGAGAUUAUUUUCUGGAUGUAACAAAGUACUUAAAACUGUCCCCAGUGUGGUUAGAAAAGUUAGAAAUACAAAAAUGUGUUCCAGGUGCUUGAAAUGAAAUACUUUGCCAACAUGCCUCUAAAUGCCUGCUCUAAUGCUGUCCAAUAAUGUAUUUCUUUAAAGUGCAUGUUAUUUUUACUGCGCUCAAUGUUGUCCUACACUUAGUACUUACCUCAUGUAUACAACACAUGUACUGUCCAUUGCUUGCUAGUGUGUAACUCACAAAAUAACUGCGACACGGGUUUGUGGUCACAAUUAUAACUGGGUGAAGAGUAAAAGCAUUGCUAAUAAUGCUGCAGGACAGUUUUCUGGGAAGUUCAAAACUUGGGAUGUUAUGGAAAUCAACUGGAAAACCAGUAAGGUGGUUGUUCUCAGUGUCCCGGCUUUUGGCAAUACAAGCCAACGCUAAAGGACGUCUCUGCUUUUCAUGCAUAUAAACACUAAUGGAACAUGUUCUCUGAGACGGGAUGUACAAUGCCGCAGAUAUCGUUAUGCUUUAGGCAGCCAUAUUGAAUUUUACAACUUUGAAUUCAAAACCUCCAAUAACAAAUAGGAUGCGGGAAUGUAUGAUCUGUGUUUUUAAUCAUAUUUAGUAGAUAUAUGGAAAAAAUCUGGUAUUAUCUCUUUUUUUUUUUCCAGGACACGAUUAGAUUUUUCAGAACCCCAGCUUUGGAAAUCGCAACAUUCGUCCAUGUUUGUUCUGUCCUUUUUGUUUGUGUGUGUGUGUGUAUAUGUGUAUGACAGCUGCCAAUAUUAGCUGCUUUACAGUAUUAGGUGUUAAAUUUAGUUUUGAGAUAUAUCACAGAUUUAUCUUUUUAGAGGGAUCCAAGUGUUGACCCACAAAGUUCUACAGAACUGGGACCUGGACCUGAGUGUCGUCUCUGUUUAAAAUUCAUAGUAAAGAGAUUUGGGAACAAAGUGUAAUUGAGCUGAUGUUCAUGUAGUUUCCAGUUGGGAAGGUGUUGAUUUUAUUGUGUUUGGGUUCACACUAAAUAAAAAACUUUCAGUUGA